CCAAAAUUCCAUGCUGGAUGCUGCCCAGCAAAACCAAACCAACCCCACGUCGAGCUCUUCCGACCGGGUUUGCAAGGCGCGGAGCGGUGAUUAAUUUUUGAAGCUCCUAUGUUGUAAGAGCUACGAAUCAACGACCAACCAGCACAGAAGCGUCGUCAGGCAAGACAACCCGCACGCUAAAACGACAAAAUCGAAAACCAUCGUCGCAUCGUCCCCGACCGACCUCGAUUUACAUACCCUCCCGCUUCUCAAACCCAGAAAUUCCGCAAAAAUGUCGUUUGGCGGGCAGACGCCCACCAUCAUCGUCCUAAAGGAGGGCACCGACAGCUCUCAGGGCAAAGGUCAGAUUGUUUCCAACAUCAAUGCCUGCUUAGCAGUGCAGGCAACUAUCAAGUCGACGCUCGGCCCGUACGGUGGCGACCUGUUGAUGGUGGAUGCCAACGGCAAGCAAACCAUUACCAACGAUGGCGCAACAGUGAUGAAGCUUCUCGAUAUUGUCCACCCCGCGGCACGGAUCCUGGUUGAUAUCGCAAGAUCACAAGACGCAGAGGUCGGUGACGGAACAACUUCGGUGGUCGUCCUGGCCGGUGAGAUCCUUAAGGAGAUCAAGGAGCAUGUCGAGCAGGGUGUCAGUUCUCAGAUCAUCGUCAAGGGCCUGAGGCGCGCAUCCGCCGUAGCAGUCAACAAGAUCAAGGAGAUUGCUGUCAGCACAAGCGAGGGAAGCCACAGGGAAACUCUGACCAAGCUCGCCGGAACUGCCAUGACCAGCAAGCUGAUCAAGAGGAAUACUGAGUUUUUCACCAAGAUGGUUGUCGAUGCCGUCUUGACACUGGACCAGGAGGACCUGAACGAAAAGUUAAUAGGCAUCAAGAAAAUCCCCGGUGGUUCGCUCACCGACUCCUUGUUCGUCAACGGCGUCGCUUUCAAAAAGACCUUUUCUUAUGCUGGCUUCGAACAACAGCCAAAGUCGUUCAAGAAGCCAAAGAUCGUCUGCCUCAACGUUGAGCUUGAGCUCAAGGCGGAGAAGGACAAUGCCGAGGUCCGCGUCGAGCAGGUGUCGGAAUACCAGGCCAUCGUUGAUGCCGAGUGGCAGAUUAUCUUCAAGAAGCUCGAGGCAGUCUACAAGACCGGCGCAAAGGUUGUGCUUAGCAAACUGCCUAUUGGUGACCUGGCCACACAGUACUUUGCCGACCGCGACAUAUUCUGCGCCGGCCGCGUGGCAUCCGAGGACAUGGAGCGCGUCGUCCAAGCCACCGGCGCCACCGUCCAGUCAACAUGCUCCGACAUUUUGCCCGAGCACCUCGGCACCUGCGGUUCGUUCGAGGAGCGCCAGAUCGGAGGCGAGCGCUUCAACUUCUUCGAGGACUGCCCCGAGGCCAAGACCUGCACGCUGGUGCUGCGUGGAGGAGCCGAGCAGUUCAUCGCCGAGGUCGAGCGUUCCCUGCACGACGCCAUCAUGAUCGUCAAGCGCGCCAUCCGCAACCGCACCGUGGUGGCCGGUGGCGGCGCCGUCGAGAUGGAGGUCUCUGCCCACCUGCACCGCUUCGCCGACCUCAAGAACCAGGCCCACAAGCAGCAGGCCAUCAUUAAGUCCUUCGCCAAGGCCCUCGAGAUCAUCCCCCGCCAGCUUUGCGACAAUGCCGGAUUCGACGCCACCGACAUACUCAACAAGCUUCGCGUCGAGCACCGAAAGGGCAACACGUGGGCCGGCGUCGACUUCCAGAACGAGGGCGUCGCCGACCUGAUGGAGAGGUUCGUCUGGGAGCCCGCGCUCAUCAAGAUCAACGCCAUCCAGGCCGCGACGGAGGCCUGCUGCCUGAUCCUGUCCGUUGACGAGACCAUCCGCAACGAGGAGAGCGCGCAGCCACAAGCGCCCGGCCAGGCCUUACCGCCGGGCGCAGCACAAAGGGCCCUCAGGGGUAGGGGAAGGGGAAUGCCCCGACGAUAAAGAGGAGGUUUAGUUUAUUAAAGCAGCUGGUGGGUGUCUGUGCGUCGCAUAUAACAAAAUGCAAAAUGCAAAAUGCAAUAAAAAAAAAAACAACGUUCUAUUGUGGCGGGUAUCCUGGGUGGUUAUGGACAGUAGAAGAAAGAGAAACAAAAUGCACCUAUCGCUAGACAUCUGGACAAAAAAAUAGACUAAAACCGUGAUACCACAAAAAAAAGAAAGAGAACAAUUAGCCCUUGCCCGGUGCUGUGUUCCCUUGUCAGCUCGCUCAACCUUCGUCGUAUGAGAAAUACACCUCCUUUUCUCUUGCAGCCCCAGUAGCAGCAGGAUACCUCCCCGACCCGUCGGUUUUAUGACCGUCCAUAACAUCAUCCUCAUGGCGAUCGCCCGGCUGUUUCUGCAGGCUCGGCUUGCAUCUCCCUAUCCCUGCCGAGUCGACAUCCAUCCCAGCGACAGCAUUGACCGCUAGCUCGUCAUCUUCGUCGUCGUCAUCCUGCUGCCGAAUCAGCAUGUCCAUGUCCCGGUCGACGGCAUCACCAUCUAUCCUGUCGCUUUCAUCUGCCGGAGGCUGAAGGGUCGGGGGCGAGGCUUCAGGUUGGCUUUGGUGAUUAUGGCUGUGUCCGUUGUUGACCUGGCGCAGCAGCGCCUGGAAUGGGUCGGCGUCGGGAUGGUGGUGCGUCGGCGAGAAUGGGCCGAACGGGUCGUGAGUUGGGUCGUGGUGGUGAGAAGAUGGCUGGCUGAUUAUUUGGGGGUCUAUGGGCUGAUCGUAGUCCGUGAGGCUCAUGUGGGAAGCCUCAUUGUGGUGAUGGUGGUGAUGAUGGUGAUGGUGGUGGCCAUUAUGAUGGUACGUAGAAUGUAGCGUGUUACCAUGAGACUGGUCCUGCAACAUCGGGCUAUGUGUGUUGGGCAAUGUGCUGGUUGUGUGGAGUGCUUCUGAAGGUGACAUGAUAGUCAUGGAAGCCGGGUCGGCAUAUGCUAGAGUGGAGGGUAUUGCGUACGUGGAGGCAGUUAGUUGAUGAGAUUUGGAAGUUUGGUGCAUCAUUUCGUGGACACCAUUCACACUAGAUGUCAUUGAGCUUGGUAUGGAUGUCGGCGGAUACUGGUUGGUUGUUGUAAUAUCCGGUGGAGGUGACGGCGCGUUGAGUGCUGUCGCCAGGAACGUUCUUGGCUCCCCAGAUCUAGCAGACAAAAGGGACUGGUGUGACUCCGAUAUAGUGGCACCGUUGUUACAGGUAGUCCGUUGCAAAGGUGUAUUAUUGUUGGAUACUUCUGACAAGACAACGCCAUUGUGAAUGCUGCCCCCUGAACCAACCCCAGUCGCAACGACGCUUGAAGUUCCUGUACUCGCGGAAGAUGCAGAGUUGCUAGGUGUCUUCCCCAGCUCCUUGCACUCUGUACAGUUCCUUAUCACGUCCGACACGGUCUCCUUGAUACGGCUCCAGUGGUAUCUCUCGGCGAUGCUGGCAGUGGUGCGGUUAAUUCCACCGUGCUGCUGGAUGUGCACCUCGCGUGCAAUCUCGUACUGCCGGCGCGGGUCCGAGAUGACCUCCUUGCCCUUGAGCAUGAGACGGUCAUCUUCAAGCAGCUUGUAGUGGGUCGCGGCGCUACGAAGUGAAGUCCUCGCCGUCCUGGCCGACCAGGUCGCGCCCGUAUAUGAUGGCGUCAAUAAGUUGUCCCGGGUAGCUCUUGAGGCUCCCGCAGCCCUUGACGCGGCCGAUGCGCUUGAAGCCGAGGCCGUCCCAGAUCUUGCAAGAUGCGACGUUGGUUUCGUAGACGAGGUUGAAGACGGAGUAGGUGUAGCCCAGCUUGGGAGCCCAGUCAAGAUACGUCUCGCCCAUCAGGCGACCAACACCGCGGUUGCGUGACGCAUCAGUGACGAGAAAGCCGGCGUUGCAGACAUGACUAGACCGGCCAGGGUAGUUGGGCUUGAUGUAAAAGCUUCCAAGACACUCGCGGGCCCAAUCCUUGCCUUCAACCACCUCGUCGGCACUGUUGAUGCUUCCCAGAAGCAUGAUGCCACCAAAGUUCUGGAACCAAUAGGCGGCAAAGCGGUCAAAGGACAAGGGUUCAAUCAUAGGAUACGUGUCUCCGCCCUCAAUUUCCUUCUUGAACUGGUCGCUGAGGUACUGCAACAGCGUCAGGGGCACCUGGUGUUGCGAAGCGAAAGGCACUAUGGUUGCCACCGUCUGCCGGUCCCGGAGCGUCACUUGUCGGGGCACGAUGGUGGAUGGGAAAGACGGAUUGAGCGGAUCAGGGUAGGGCGCCUCUCCGGACACGCGAUAUAUGGUCGGCGUGUCCGGGUCGUCCAUUAUUGCUGGCAUGUUUAUUUCUGCAGCAGGUUGCUCCGGUGCCGAAUUACGGACGGAGGGCCUCACCGGACGAACCCGUAAUGCGGGGAUGUUUGAGAAGAAGAAGCCAGACCGCUGAUCCUCAACCGACCAACCAGGACACCUCUGGGUAAUAUGAAGCUGGCUACCAGCUCCGUACCUUUGGGUAUGGUAAAGGGUCGGUCUGAUAUGCACUUGCCGCUUGGCAGGGGACCUGCAACCAGGAACGGUGCGAAGAAACGUGGAGGCUUUCUUCGACCCCAAUAAACGGGUAGCGUUUUUCUGUAAGUAAAUGGCGGGGGAUCCGAAAACAAGGUUGCGGUCUGUUUUUUGCUGCCGACGCCCGUUUGUGGUUCGGUUGACUUGUCACAAUUUACACUGGUGAGGAAAAGUGCACAUGCGAAGAUUUCAGUCCGGG